GUGGUAUCGCCGCGCCGCGUCGUCGUGGACCUCCAGCCGCGCCCCGCCCCCAUCAUAUCCAUCGCCCGCGGUUUUUUCACCACACCACCCACUGGCGCUGCCUUUAUUCUAACGUGCCGGCUCUGCUCCCCUCGCAUGCUCCUGCUCAUUCCCAGCCGCGCCGCGGUUCUUGCAUGCUUUCCUCGGCGCAAGGCCGGGGUCGGAAAGGAGACUCGGCCGUGGAUUUAAGUAUUUAACCCCACAGCAAGACCGGACUUGCUGGAAAGGCAGAUCUUGAUCCGUUCCUCUUCCUGUUCCUGCUGCUAGCUGCUGGCUGCUGGGGCCGUGUACGUACGCGUUGAUGAAGGUGACCGUGGAAGGGAGCGGCGCCGGCCCGGCCGCGGUCAAGAGGAGGCGGAGUGGCGGGCCUGGCAGGCGCCAGAGCGGCGGCGUGAGCGUACGGCGGCGCGUGCAGGUGGACGCGGCGACCGCGCCAGAGCCGGCGCCGGCGCCACUCCAGCGUCUGCUUGCCGCGUGCCGCCGCGCGUUCGGAGGCCCCGGGACCGUGCCGGCGCACCACGACGUCGUCCUCAUCAGAGACAUCCUCGACAAGAUGGGACCAGAGGAUGUGCACCUGAGAGCCGUCACCAAGGCCGCCGCCGCUUCCGGCGGCCCUCGAACGCACCCUGUUCCUAUCAUCACACGAACCACCAUUUAUAAAUGCAAGAACUUCUCGGUCGUGGUGUUCCUGCUGCCCCCAGGCGCGACCAUCCCUCUGCACAACCACCCGGGGAUGACGGUGUUCAGCAAGCUUCUCCUCGGCUCGCUCCGCGUCACGUCCUACGACUGGGCCGAGGCCGACCAACGUCCCGUCGCCGUCGGCGGCGAUCGCCCACUGCUGAGGCUGGCGAAGCUGGUGCUGGACGCCGACCUGAGCGCGCCGUGCGACGCCCUGGUGCUGUUCCCGGAGUCCGGCGGCAACAUGCACAGGUUCGCCGCCGCCACGGCGUGCGCGGUCCUCGACGUCCUCGGCCCGCCCUACUCCGGCGACCGGGACUGCACCUACUACCAGGACUUGCCAUACCGCCGUCAUAUCGACGAUACAGAUGAGGCCGCCGGGGAUGAGGAGCAGAAGCCGCGUCUGGGGUGGCUGCUGGAGACGCGCAAGCCCAAGGAACUGCACAUGUACGAGGUGCCGUACAGGGGCCCUCCGAUCCUGUGGAAGAGACGGCCUGCAUUUGACUCUUGGCGGCGGCAGCAGCAGCAGCACAAGGGACAGUGAGACAUAUAGCGAGUGUAUGCAGCAUGUGCCUCCGUAUGUACGCUAGCUGUUGGUGGGAGGACGACGUGUGCAAAUUGUUGAGAACUACGUUACCCUGGAUCACCAGAUUCGUUUCAUUCCUCCCGUCAGCCGUAGAGGCGCG